GUGGGUGGGGCGGCGGGGUCCAAUCGCGGCGAGGGGCGGGGCCGGCCGUGGCGAGCGCUAUGGCGACCUACCCUUACGGGCAGGGUUACCCUGGAUCAGCGGGGCAAGCCCCAGGUGCCCCACAGGGCAGUUACUAUGCUGGAGGUCAGUACGGAGGCGGGCUGCCUCCCGGUGGCUCCUAUGGCGGUCCGGCACCUGGCGGGCCCUAUGGACCGCCAACUGGUGGAGGGGCUUAUGGGCAUCCCACCCCUGGGGGGCCCCCGUCUGGGGCUCCUGGGACGCUUCAUGGAGGAGGUUCAGCACCUGGCGGGCCCUAUGGACAACCAUCUACCAACCCCUAUGAUGCCCCUCAGCCAGGACCGUACGGAGCAGGGGCUCCGGCAGGUAACAUCCCACCUGGUGUGGACCCAGAAGCCUUCUCCUGGUUUCAGACCGUGGAUGCUGAUCGCAGUGGUUACAUCUCCAUCAAAGAACUCAAGCAGGCCCUGGUCAACUCCAACUGGUCUGCAUUCAAUGAUGAGACCUGCCUGAUGAUGAUAAACAUGUUUGAUAAAACCAAGUCAGGCCGCAUCGACCUCGUUGGGUUCUCGGCACUGUGGCGCUUCAUCCAGCAGUGGAAGAACCUGUUCCAGCAGUAUGACAGGGACCACUCGGGCUCCAUCAACUUCAACGAGCUGCAACAAGCUCUGUCUCAGAUGGGAUACAGUCUGAGCCCCCAGUUCACUCAGCUGCUGCUGUCCCGCUAUUCCCAGCGGGCCCCCAACCCCACCAUCCAGCUGGAUCGCUUCAUCCAGGUCUGCAUCCAGCUCCAGAGCCUGACUGAAAGCUUUCGAGAGAAGGAUGCGGGGAUGUCUGGCAGUGCCCGUCUCAGCUACGAAGACUUCCUCACCAUGGUUGUCACCCGCAUGUUGUGACGCCUCGGAACGAUGCUCAGCCUGAUGGCGGUGGGGAUGGGAGGUUGGUCUUUGCAGCCUCCUUCCACGCUUGUCUACCUGAAAACAGGAAUUGCCAGGAAGGAUGGAUCAGCUGUGCUCUCUGCUGGGGUGCACCUGACCUCCCAUAACAAGGCUAAACCCACUCCCUUCCCAGCUCCCUACCCAACCUGAAGUGCCCGAGACCUCUUGAGCCACAGGGGAAGGUGGAACCCAGCCACAAACCCCUGGUGAAACCCCAGUUGUUGGCCACCUUGAUUUGUGUCUGAAACCCAGGAGCCAAUCACUCUUCCUCCUUGCCAUCAAUUCAGCCCGGUUCCACCAGCUUGCCGCCAUGGGGCGAGCGGUGGACGAGGGAGGCCAAACGUGAGAAAUCGCAGCCCACUGUAGCUCUGUACAGAACAAGCAUUCAUCCUUUUUUCUCUCCUCCCAAAUCAGGCAAGAUCGUGUUUCGGGUCACACUGCCCUUCCACCUGCGAAGGGUGCUGUCCUCAUCGACAUUCCUCCUGCCUCUCAAACACCUCUCCCCUACCUACAAUACAGCGUCUAACCAGACCAGUCCCCAUACUUGCUGCCUCCAGCUUGGGGCCCUGUUCUUUUGGGACGUUACGGGAAGUCUGGGUGCCAUCAAAUUGGGUUUCCCUUUGCAGUGCUCAGUCAGGCCCCUUGGCUUCAGUUACCAAAAAGAUACUUUGCUCCAUUUUAUUACCAGCAUAUAAUGUUUCCCAUUACUGUCUUUGUGUAUAAAGGCCAAAAUCAUGACCAGUUUCCAGCUUCGGUGGGUGGUUUAUAUUGAGAGCUCCACAAUAAAGUACUGUGUGCAUUGCAA